AAUCAUAGUCCGUGGUCUAUCAUGGUAUCGAGACUGUUUUGUGUUGCUAGUUUGCUACAGUAAAGUUGGUACUUAUUUUUUUAUUUUUUUAAAUUUAUAUUUCUUAUCUCACUAACCUUAUCACUCCGGGAGAUGAGGAGAACCCUCUCGUUACCAGUCCAGAGUCCUGUUUACUUUGGUCUGUGAUUCUGUCACUUCUGCUGAAGUCAGUAAGUUCAUUGGUAUUAAAGAUAAGGUAUUAAAAUCAUUGGCCCUAUAGACAUUAGAUAAGUUUUAUUCUAUUUACCAUCGCAAUAGUGCCAUUUUGUUAAAUGUAGAGUUCUGUUUAAGUAUUCAGUUUUCAUUUUAGUUUGGUUUAAAAAUCUAAAAAUUAUAAUUUUAUUUUAAUGUAUAUCUAUUAGACAAUUAAAUUUUGUCUCAUACUAUAUAAAAGUAAAGUAGGUUAGUCAGUAAAAAUGUCAAAUAGUGACAGCCAUAUUGAUUCUGACAGCGAAGAGUUUGACUGUGAUAAUCGUAGGAUACCUCUUGAACAUUUACCCAUGUUCCAACGAUUGGCAUCRGUUAAUGGCAAAAUAAACCGCAUGAAAAGACGCCAAUUGAUAAAUAUAAUGAACAAUAAGAAGCUCAAUACUGAUGGUGAAAUAGAUGUUUUGAAAAAACGUUUAAAAAAUCACUAUAGGAUGCAAGCACUUAUCAAAGCUAAGAUCUGUGAAUCUGAGGCAACGUACUUUCCAUAUUUUGUUGUCAUUGAUAUUGAAGCAACAUGUACUGAAAAUAAUCCCGCUGAUUACAAGUUUGAAAUCAUAGAAUUUCCAGCUGUAUUGGUUGAUGCUAAAAAACGGAAAAUAGUUGAUCAUUUUCAGGCAUUUGUAAAACCAUCAAUCAAUCCAAAAUUAUCUGAAUUUUGCAUUAAAUUAACUGGUAUAACUCAAGAUCAAAUUGAUAAAGCUGAUUCAUUUGAAGUAUGUUUGAAAAGAUUUACUAAAUGGUUAGAAGAACAUGAACUUGGAAUUAAACACAAAUUUUCUAUUGUCACUGAUGGCCCAUUUGAUAUGGCUCGGUUUCUUUAUGGUCAAUGUUUAAUGUCAGGGAUUCCAUAUCCAAAAUUUGCUACUAGAUGGAUUAAUAUAAGAAAAGUAUUUAGAUCAUUUUAUUUUACGAAACAAGUCAAGCAUUCAGUUCUUUGCAAUUUAAACGCAAUGUUAACCUUUUUGGAUAUGAAAUUUGAAGGCAACCCUCAUUGUGGCCUCGAUGAUUCAUUUAAUAUAUCCAGGAUAUGUUUAAGAUUACUUGAAGAUGGAGCUUUUAUAGAUCAAAAUGAACGUAUUAUUUCACUAAAAACCCCAACACCUUUUGGAAAAGAUGAUCCAUUGCCAGUAAGACCUGUACACAAUAUAUUUUGUGAUGGAAUGCAUAGUCAUAAUAAGUGGUUAGUUAAACGAUUGAAAAAUGUAGAGAUAAAUAAAGACAUUUAACAUUGAUUAAAUUCGCCAAAAACUCUUACAACUUUCAAAUAUUAUGUUCCUUCCACUGUAAAAAUGUUAGUUUUCUUUAAUAUGUCAAUUUAAUUGUGAUCUUUGUUAUAAUAAUGAUUUUAACAAAUUAAAAUAAAA